GCUCCACGCCAGGGCCAGGGCCAGCCAGGUAGACCCUUCUCUCGAGAGGCAUUUUAAGGGCCACCGAGAUGCAGUCACCAGUGUGGACUUCAGCCUCAACAGGAAGCAGCUGGCCAGCGGCUCCAUGGACUCGUGCCUCAUGGUGUGGAACACGAAGCCCCAGUCACGUGCCUACCGCUUCACGGGCCACAAGGACGCUGUCACCUGCGUGUGCUUCUCGCCGUCUGGCCACCUGCUCGCCUCAGCCUCCCGGGACAAGACUGUCCGCAUCUGGGUACCCAACGUCAAAGGCGAGUCCACAGUGUUCCGUGCGCACACAGCCACCGUGAGGAGCGUCCACUUCUGCAGCGACGGCCAGUCCCUCGUGACAGCUUCAGACGACAAGACGGUGAAGGUGUGGUCGACCCACCGACAGAAGUUCCUCUUCUCCCUGAGUCGGCACAUCAACUGGGUCCGAUGCGCCAAGAGCAGCCUGGGGGGCCGAGCCAGCAAGGCCACUGUGGAGUGAUGGCGGAAGGAGGCUAGCUGACCGUGCUGCCAUCCACGCUGCAUUGGAGGGCUCUUCGUCACCUCCGUGGACUUCCACCCGAGCGGGACGAGCAUCGCCGCGGGCGGCAUGGACAACACGGUGAAGGUGUGGGACGUGCGGACCCACCGGCUGCUGCAGCACUACCAGCGUGAGUGCCCGCGCCACGGCGCCGGCGGGGGGACGCGGGGACAGUCUGGCUUGGAAUCUUGUCACCAGAUGGGCGUGGUGCCCCCUGGUUUCUGCCGGACCUUCGGUGGCCACUCACCGAGCUGCACCGCCCUGCUAGCCCGAAGGCCGUCAGGGCACCCGCCUUUCAGCGGCAGCGUCCUGCAGCCCGCCUGGGCCCGUGCUGCGCUGUGGGCACGCCCUGCCCGGCCCGGCCCUGCGGAAGACUUGGUGCGGCCGAUGCCCACUGGGGGCUUUGAGGGGCUGUUUGCUCGCAGAUUGGGCCUAGUUCCCCAGAACCUGGAGUGCCAGUCCCUGAGGGGCCUCCAGCUGGAGUGGGGUUUCCUGGGACGAGUGCCCCGCACGCGCUACGCAGACCCCCCUGAUGGGAGGCCUGUCCCUGGAGCCCGGGGACCGGCCACGGCAGCAGCCUUCUCCAGGACGGGGGAGUACUUCGCUUCAGGAGGUUCGGAUGAACAAGCAGCGGCAGCACCGUCUGGCCCCUCCAAGGGGUGCUGUCGGCCCCCCUCCAGUGCCUUUCCUGGGGGAGCCGAGAGGGUGUGGGGCGGCGGAGCGGAGGGCAUCUUUAGGAGCAAACGAGAGCCCAGCGUCCCCGCUAUCUCCUCACAGCUGCCCGAUGAGGACUUUGCCGUUCCGGCCGGCCCAGGCAGGAGCCAGGAGUCGCUGCCCAGCCAGUCCCUGGAGCCUGUCGACCCGACACCGACACUGACCAGCACGUUGGGCCACAUCGUGGGCCAGCUGGACGUCCUCACACAGACGGUGUCCAUCCUGGAGCAGCGCCUGACGCUGGCGGAGGACAGGCUGAAGCAGUGCCUGGAGAGCCAGCAGCUGAUCUUGCAGAGGGGGACGCCGAGAGGGGUGGGGCUGGGGGCCAACACCUGCCUGGACGGCAGCCAGGCCUGGAACGACAGGGAGACAGAGCUGCCUUUUCUAGAGAAGCCCCCGGGAGGGGUCAUUCUGAGCCGUGCCCUUCCAAAUCAGACCUCGGUCGUGUGGAUCCUGACCCCACACGGGACAGCCCAGUGCCCGGAGUGA